AUGGCCACCUGGACCUCAGGCACUGAUAUCUUCCUAAAUCUUUGGGGGAUUUAUGUGCUUCCAAGAAGCCCUGGGUGGAUAGGCCAUACCCAGCAUCUGGGAGUAUGCUGCUUUGUGGCUUUCAUUUCAGCGAGCCUCCUCUCUGUGGCCUUCUACUGGUUUCUGCCAUCCCUAAUAGCAUUCUCCACCUCCUGGGUGUUCCUGUGUGUUCUUCUGGGCUUCUCCAAGCAUGCACGCUGUUUCCUUCUUCUCAUCUUUCUCUCUUGUGGCCUCCGUGAAGGCAGAAAUGCUUUGAUGGCAGCUGGCAUGGGGAUAGUGAUCUUUGGACAUGUGGAAAAUAUUUUUCACAACUUUAAAUGUCUCCUGGACAGUAUGAUGUGCAACCUAAGGGCAAAGAGCUUUUCUAUACAUUUUCCACUUCUGAAAAAAUAUAUUGAAGCUGUUCAGUGGAUAUAUGGACUUGCCACUCCACUGAAACUAUUUGAUGACCUUAUCUCUUGGAACCAGACUCUGGUGGUUUCUCUUUUCAGUCCAAAUCAGGCCCUGGAGGCGCAGCUAAAUAGAACCAAAGGGGAAGUCCUGAGUGCCUUGUAUCACGUGAUAGCCAUGACAGAGAUGUGGUCCUCUCUGGGUCAGAAGCUGCUCACCUUGGCUGGGCUUCUGCUAAUUGUACUCAGCACCGGCCUCUUUAUGAAGCGAUAUCUGGGGCCUUGUGGUCAGAAGUAUGAAAACAUCUACAUCACCAGACAAUUUGUUCAGUUUGAUGAAAAAGAGAGAAAUCAGCAGAGGCCCGGAGUCCUCCCAUUGAAUAAGAAGGAAAGGAAGAAAUACAUUGUCACUCCGUCUUUACGGCUGACUCCUAAAGAAAAGAGAAAUCUGGGCUUGUUUCUUCUCCCAAUCCUUACCCAUCUCUACAUCUGGGUGCUCUUUGCGGCCAUGGAUUAUCUGCUGUAUAGGCUCAUUUUCUCAGUGAGCAAACAGUUCCAGAGUUUGCCGGGGCUUCAGAUUCACUUGAAACUACACAGAAAGAAGCAAGGAACUCAAGACACCCUCCAUGGCUCUUCUUUUAAUAUCUCUGUAUUUGAACCCAGCUGCAUCCCUAGACCAAGGCUUCUUCUGUCUACAACUUGGCUUCCUCUGAGCAUAAUUCUUGUGACAUUGGUAUUGCUGGGACUGUUGUCCUCCAUCCUGAUGCAACUUAAAAUCUUGGUGUUGGCCUCUUUCUACCCCAGUGUGGAGCAGAAGCGCAUCCAAUACUUACACACGAAGUUACUGGAGAAAAGAUCAAAGCAGCCGCUGGGAGAAAUCAAAAGGAAACGGACUCUCUAUUUUAAAAAGGUUCAUUUCUGGCUUCCAGUCCUGACAAUAGUUAGGAAGAAACACAUGAACAAUGCAGCUGAAGAGAAUCUAUGA